ACCCCUUCCUCAACUUCAUCCAAACCCCAAAAACACUCUGACACAACAAACACAAACACAAUCGUCAAUUAAAACAACAACAAUAUCGAAGCUGCACAAAUUAAUAUCCAACACUCUCAAGCUUUCGAGUUUCAAACUCUGGGCGCUGAAUUUGGUUCAUUUUUCUAAGAGUUAUAUAUACUUUUAUUGAAAUUGUUGCGGUUCAAGUCUGAACUAAAACAUUAAGUUUGCGGAGGCUGGUGCUUUUCUGAUUUGCCAGUCAAAUUAUUAAAUCACUUGUUCACAUAGAUCAGCUGAUGCCAUCAUCUUAGUAUGGAUUCACAACAGCUCUUCAGUUUCGGUGGUGUUACUAGUGCAGGAUUACCUUACAUGUCUUCUUUUCCCACUGUUCCAUCGCUACCCAACAGGCUACUUAGAUCCUUGAAAUAUGACACAGGAAACUCACCUAAUUCACCCUUUUCCACUUAUUUUGAUUCUGAUACUCUUUCAGCAUUGAGUGACGGCCAGGAGCAAUACAGCCCAGGAGAAAUCCUCUCUGGUGUCAGCUCUUCACUGGAAACCAACCAUUAUAUGUAUAAUAGAUCAAUCUCCACUUUGGACAGUUUCCCAUUAUAUUCUUAUCGGAACUCUCUUCUACAGAAUGCGAGUUCUAAUCAGAAAAUCCAACAUGCUUUGCUGGAGCUAGAAACUGCUUUGAUGGCCCCGGAUGACGAUCAAGUUACCACACCGAAUACAUUGGCCGAGAGACACAGGUCCUGGAACAAUGAGAACCAUGUGUCACAACAUAAUACUCAAGCUCAGCCAUCAUAUGCUACCGGCAAUAGGCAGUCAAGUGAAGUUGUGCAUGUAGAGAAACGGCAAAAGUUGAUGGAAGAAGAAGCAACACUGGAAGCUUUCCCACCAAACAAUUUGAAGCAAUUGCUGAUUGCAUGUGCCAAAGCCCUGUCUGAAAACAACAUGAAUGAUUUUGAUCAAUUGGUAGGAAGGGCUAAAGAUGCUGUGUCCAUCAAUGGGGAGCCAAUCCAGCGGCUUGGUGCUUACAUGGUAGAAGGGCUUGUUGCAAGGACGCAAGCAUCGGGGAAUAGCAUCUAUCAUGCCCUUAGGUGCAAAGAGCCUGAGGGUGAUGAAUUGCUCACUUACAUGCAACUGCUGUUCGAAAUCUGCCCCUACUUAAAAUUUGGUUACAUGGCUGCCAAUGGAGCCAUCGCGGAAGCGUGCAGAAACGAGGAUCGCAUACACAUCAUAGACUUCCAAAUUGCUCAGGGAACUCAAUGGAUGACUCUUCUUCAAGCGCUUGCGGCAAGACCUGGCGGUGCUCCCCAUGUGCGGAUCACAGGGAUUGAUGAUCCUGUUUCCAAAUAUGCUCGUGGCGACGGACCAGAAGUUGUUGGCAAAAGGUUGGCCUUGAUGUCUGAGAAAUUUGGCAUCCCAGUUGAGUUUCAUGGGGUGCCAGUUUUUGCUCCAGAUGUGACAAGGGAAAUGCUUGAUAUCAGGCCAGGAGAGGCCUUGGCUGUGAACUUCCCCUUGCAACUCCAUCACACAGCUGAUGAGAGUGUUCAUGUAAGCAACCCAAGGGAUGGACUUUUGAGAUUGGUAAGGUCACUUUCUCCCAAGGUGACCACAUUGGUGGAGCAGGAAUCAAACACAAACACAACCCCUUUCUUCAACAGGUUCAUUGAAACCUUGGAUUACUACUUGGCAAUCUUUGAGUCCAUUGAUGUCACCCUCCCAAGAGACAGCAAGGAGAGGAUUAAUGUGGAGCAACAUUGUCUGGCCAGGGAUAUUGUCAAUAUCAUUGCUUGUGAAGGCAAGGAAAGGGUUGAGAGACAUGAACUGUUCGGCAAGUGGAAGUCAAGGUUAAAGAUGGCCGGCUUCCAGCAAUGUCCUUUGAGUUCUUAUGUGAAUUCUGUGAUAAGAAGCCUUCUGAGGUGCUAUUCAGAACACUAUACACUGGUGGAGAAGGAUGGAGCCAUGUUGUUAGGGUGGAAGGACAGAAAUUUGAUAUCAGCUUCAGCCUGGCAUUGCUAAAACAUAGACUGUGUAGUAGUAGAAAUAUUAUGAUGAUGGGGGAAGCUGACCACGGUUUAUGUUUCAUUGCCAGUGCUAUCUCAUCUCAUGUACUAGUGUAGUAGUACAUUGAUUCUUUUAUAAAAUGUCACGUAUGUUAACUGUUCUUGUUCUAUAAAUAUUUCGAUCUUGUGCCUGAUCCCUAUGAACUAUGGGAAUCACAAAAUUUUGAACUGACUGUCUCAAUAAAAACAUUCUUUAGGGGGUA